GAGCGAAGAUGAGAGCGCAGCCUUUCUCAUGAUGUGACGCAACAGAGGGAAGCCCCACCUGGCGUGCACUCGCCCCUCCCCUCUUCCCUCCCCGCCGCUUGCUGUCGGGUCGCAGAGGCGCCUCCGCCCGCUCUGGCCAUACUGAAGCCGGCCGAAGAAGGAGCGCGGGAGGAGAGGAGGGCGACCUCCUGCCUUUCCGCGGUCGCUAUGGGAAGCCGGCCGCGCCUCCUGCUGAACCCAGUCCUUGUUCUCCGCCGCUUGGCUCCUGCAAGCCAGCAGCUGGGGGGCUGGUCCCGGAGCGCAGCGGCCCCUCGUGCUCAGGCGGGUUGGUCUUGUUGAGCCCCGAGCACUCGCCCUUCUUCCGUGCCGCGCCCUUGAUUGAUUCGCUGCUUCGUUCGCCAUCCUCCUCUGCCAGGCAAUGGGGCAGCGGGUCUGCUAGAUGGGCAGCUUGCCUGGCGGUGGGCAAGGCGCGCCCCUCUCCGUUUCAGGCCUCUAUGGAUCUGUAGCGGCCUCCAACCUCAGAGUCAACAUCUCCCCCACACCCAGCGCCAGUCAUGGGGGCUUCUGCGGCCAACGUAGCCGCUGCUGUUCUUGCCGCCGCCGCCUUCCCCAAGGCCGCUACAGGAGCCGCUGUUGUGUGUAGCCUUCUUGUGGGAUUUAUGUUCCUCAGUACCAUUGAUGCGCAGUCAAAGUUGACAUCUGAACAGAAUGUCAUAAGCCUCUCUUCUGGCAUAUAUAACCACUUUGAUCGUGCCACUAAUGUACAGCUGACUUGUGACAAGUGUCCUGCAGGAACUUAUGUAUCUAAGCAUUGUACAAUAACAAGUCUAAGAGAGUGCAGCCCUUGUCGCAGUGGAACAUACACAAAGCACGAAAAUGGUAUAGAGAAAUGCCAUCUGUGUAGAAAGCCAUGUGAGCUGCCAAUGGUUGAGAAAACACACUGCACUGCUUUGACUGACCGUGAAUGCAUUUGUCCAUCUGGCAAAUUUCUAGAUGGUGAUGCUUGCAUUCCUUAUUCAGUGUGCCCCAUUGGGUGGGGCUUAAGAAAGAAAGGAACUGGAACUGAAGACAUCAAGUGUAAACCAUGCCCUCAAGGCACUUUCUCUGAUGUGACUUCUAGUGUGUUGAGAUGCAAAACAUUCACUGACUGUUCACAAACAAACAUGGUAGUGAUAAAACCAGGAACCAAAGAGAGAGACAACAUCUGUGGACUUCCAUCAGGUUUUCUGAAUGGAGCUGGGCUUUUGUCACAUCCAAAAGAGGGUGAAGAACAUUACAAAGUUCCUUCUGCUUUUCUUCCGAAAGGCAUGAACUCUUCAGUUUCCAACUUUUCUGCUACUCCUACCCCAAACAUGUACAUGAUGGAGCCUAUGAACAUUUACAACGAACCUUCAAAGAACAAGACAGUAGCUGUCAAUAUGACUGCUCUGGAGUAUCAUAAGCCUUUGAAUCACCAGCAAAUCUAUUAUCACAAACAUGCCCCUUCCAUUCUAAAGAGACAGCCAGCAAUGGAAAUGAGUGGCAGUGUGAAAUCCAGCAUUCCGUAUAACCCCCCCAGGAGAGGAUCUCCAAGGCAGGCUGCCCACAGGCAUUUCGAUAUCAACGAACACCUGCCAUGGAUGAUAGUCCUGCUGCUUCUGCUUGUUCUUGUGGUGAUAGUUGUGUGUAGUGUCCGGAAAAGUUCACGAACUCUAAAGAAAGGACCAAGGCAAGACCCCAGUGCCAUUGUGGAAAAAUCUCUUUUGAAAAAAUCUUCCACUCCAACCCAAAACAGGGAGAAAUGGAUCUACUACUGUAAUGGGCAUGGCAUUGACAUUCUGAAACUGGUAGCUGCCCAAGUUGGAAGCCAGUGGAAGGAUAUCUACCAAUUCCUGUGCAACGCAAGUGAGCGGGAGGUGGCAGCUUUUACCAAUGGCUAUUCUGCAGACCAUGAAAGGGCCUAUGCUGCUUUACAGCACUGGACCAUCAGGGGCUCUGAAGCCAGCCUUGCCCAGUUGAUAAAUGCUCUCCGUCAGCACAGGCGUACUGAUGUGGUGGAGAAGAUCAGGGGCUUGAUGGAAGACACAAUACAGCUUGAAGCUGACAAACUGGCUCUUCCUGUUCAUCCUGGUCCUCUCAGCCCUAGCCCAGUUCCAAAGCCAGAUGCAACCAUUAUUCCCGUGGAACCAUCUCCCUUAGAGAAGAACAAGUGCUUCUUUGUAGAUGAGUCAGAACCUCUUCUGCGUUGUGAUUCAACUUCCAGUGGCUCCUCUGCUCUUAGCAGAACAGGUUCCUUUAUUACCAAAGAAAAGAAAGACACAGUGCUGCGACAGGUUCGCCUGGACCCAUGUGACCUUCAGCCCAUCUUUGAUGACAUGCUUCACAUUCUGAACCCAGAGGAGCUUCGUGCCAUUGAAGAGAUCCCACAAGCGGAGGAUAAGUUGGAUAGGCUUUUUGAAAUUGCUGGUGUCAAGAGCCAAGAAGCAAGCCAGACACUCCUAGAUUCAGUCUAUAGCCACCUGCCUGAUCUGCUUUAGACCUUGGUCACCAAAUUACGCUGCACACACACUCUGGCUGCUGCUUGUACUAGCUUGGCACAACAUGCCGGCAGGGUAUUUUAUAGAACUUGUGGCCAGUAUUUUCUUCUAGGUUUUACUUUUUUCUUCCUUACCAGAGGAGGGAGGGGCAGUUUGCAAACCUUUGCAAACUUUCAUGUUUCUUAUCUGAAUUAAAAGAUCUUGUUUCCCUCUUUCCAUUACAACAUUUUAAUCUGUCAUUUUAACCACUUAAAUGCCCCCAUCUUCUGUUCAGACUUUAUCUGUUGAAUUUGGACUUAAGCUUCAUCACCUUCAAAUCUUACCAGAUCAAUUUGGGUAGGUUUUUUUUGCUGUUGUUUCUGUUGUCAGCCAUUUUCACUUGUAUUUGAAAUAUAUAUAUAUAUAUAUUUUUUUUUUCUCAUGUCAGGUUUUUACAAUUCUCCUUUACUGCCCUGUUCAUAACUAGAGGCUUAUGUGAAAAACACUUGUCAGUUUGAUGAGCUUUUCUUAAGAUGACCUUUAAAAAAAUGACACUACUGAAUUACUCACAUUGUUGACAUUUUACUAGCACACUGUAUGGGUUUCACAUGGACAAAACAGAUAUUGGUUGGUGACUUGUGCUCCUCUAAAGCUAUAAAACAGAAGCUUUCUAAAUGUAAGUUCUCCAGCCUUCAAGACAAUAAGACAUUUUGGCCUGCAGCUGAGUGUAAUUCUGAAUGCUCAGCUCAAAGGGAUUAUUUUGCCUUGCCAUUUUAGGAUCUCAGCAGGCUCAAUAAUUAGGGUCAUUUUUGAAGUAGCACCUGGAGCUGGACUCUGGAAGGUAAACAAGAACCCUGGUGGUGCCACAUUUCUCAUUCUAUACGAUUUAUUGAUCUGUGCUUCAAAUUUGUCUUUUUUGUGUGAGUUUUUUUUUAUAUAGAUGUGGCCAAUAGGUUUCAAAGACGUCACUUGGUAUUAGCAUUUCUCCCCUCUACAUACACUUCACUUUCUAUUAAAAAUGCUGCAUUGGAAGAAACCUGCCUCUAUUAUAUUUGCAACUACUAUUAUGCCAGUAAUAAACCAUUCAGUGGUAUUACUUACUUUGGAGAUGCUGCUGCAAGGUGAUGUGUUCUACCUUACAUGGGGGCAGGAAAGGGAAGGAGAUCAUGAUUUUGAAAAAAACUUGCCUUCUGGUAAAUUAAUUUAUUAAUAAAUGAUAGGUGUUUACCAUGUGAA